AAAAAAAAAAAAAAAAAAAAAGACAAGGAAAAAGAAACAAGUUAUAUAUCAGACACCGUUACAUUAUGUGGCACAUUAAUAAGAGAUUCAAUGAUAGCUGCAUCUGAAAUUAUACAAAAUAAUUAUUAUCCAAUUAAAGAAUCUAUUAUAAAUGCUUAUGAUAGUUAUUUUUGUGAAUACUCUCAACAAAGUAGUAGCGUAAAUGGCAAUGUUCCUUUUUUUACUAUUAAACCAGAUAACUUUUAA